AUGGAUCCAGCAACCAAUUCAUAUGGACAUGUCAGCGUACCUCCAAGCCUUUCUUACUUCUGUGUUUAUAACCCUUCUUUCGGCCCUACGGAAGAAACACAGAAAGAUCAACUACUCUAUUAUACUUCUAAAAACACCGUUCCAAUGGAUGUUAAAAUGCGUCAAGUCGGACUUGCCCAGGGUUUAAUAAACUUUACAAGGGUAUUCUCGCCCUCAAAACCUUGUGAAAAUGUUCACACGCAAAAAAAUCGUCUUGUGAUUUACGAACCCGAACCUGAUUAUUGGAUACAUAUUUCGAUCGAAUUAGGUUACGUAAAAAAGGCGAUUAAAGAUAAAGAAGGAAAGUCAAAAAACAUCAUUGAAUAUCUUGAUGCAAAUUUGCAUGAUUCUGGAGUAAGAAGAAUGCUUGAACUGGGUUAUGAAAUGUAUAGAAUUUUUAACGGUCCGUUUGAAUAUACUGUGAGAACCGCAGGAAUUAAAGUUUUAAAAAAUAAAUUAGAAGAAUUUUUUGCUAAUUGGGUUUUUGAAUGGGAUUUUGAAAAAACGGAGUUAACCAAAACAGUUGACGGUAUCCUAUAUAUGCCGUUAUCCAACUCUGCUUAUUCUCAAAUAAAAUCAUUUGUAACUAAAAUUCAGUCAGAUUAUGAAUAUAUAUCAGACAUGUUUAUGAUUUGGCAGAACAAGUUGGUUUAUCGUGGAAAUGGUGUAAUACCAGUUAAUAAUAUUAGAGGGAUAUGGCGACAUUUAGUUAGUUAUAUAGCGGAAAGAGAUGCACUGGAUCGAGAUAUUGAAAGAAAGAGAAAGAACAAAGAAGGCGAAAAGUCUUUAUCAUUUAAGGGUUUCACAAGAAGUAUCUCUGGAAGUAACCUUUUUUCAUAUUUUUCGAAUAAUACGUCACCAAGAACUACACCAAAAGUUUCACCUAGUACAUCUCCUCCGAAUCCGUCAUCUCCUCUAAAUUCAUGUCCUCAUAGUUCUUCUACACCGCCUGAUACAUCCCUUCUAUCACCAUCAACGCAGAUAUUCGUUCCUGGAUCUUCAAAUUUCUUAUUAGGACCAACUAAUUUACAUGGUCCUGAUAAAGAUAUUCAUCCCGUAACAGUUUAUUUAUCGAAUAAUUCAAGUGGUCGUAUUAAGAAAAUGGACCAUCAAUGUAAUGACGAACAUAAAUACGAAGAUUAUUAUGAUGACGAAAUUGAUGAAUAUUACCUUAUUGCCUAUAAGCAAAAUGCGCUCACUCUAGUUUUCUUGAUAUCACUUAAAUCACCGGAAUGCUCUAAAGUACAAGAUAUGACUUUCUAUAGGUCUUUCCACAAUUAUUUAUCUUCACAAUCGGAAGACAUUAUAAAUGUUGUAAAUGAAGAUUACGAAAAGUCGAGAAAACUUGGAAAACCAGACGCAGAUAAAGAAUAUCGAUAUUUAUUUUUCAAUAAGAUGACAUUAGCUGUUAAAUCAUCUCUAUACCCUUUUUCAUCCAAUGGAAUUUUAACUUCUUCAUCAAGAGGUCUAACAAUUACGGGCGAAAUGGCUCAUGCUCUAUGUGAGUUACAUGAGGACCUUGAAAAAUAUCCACAAUUGACAGAAAUAUAUACUCGCUCUUCAACUAAUUUUUGGAUAGUUGGUAAAAGAUCUGAUGGACGAAUAUUAUAUAUUGUUGUUCCUAAAAAAGAAGCAACAUUAGCGGAAGUUGAAGAGGAUGUAAGAAGAUUAACGGCAUUAUAUUUUUCUGGAAAUUAA